AUGCCCGCCGUUGAACAUCCUCAAAGACUUGUUCCGUACUGCAAUCUCGUCUCUUGGGAAGCGAGCUCUUACCUGCUUUGUCGAUGCGCUGGAUGA